UUACUCAUUAUUUAAUAUUUAUACGGGUUGUUAAUGGACUGAUCUCUUUCAUAUUAAAGUGUAAACUCGCCAUAAUAUACCUUUUGUUUAGUGAUAAAAAAUACCUCGCACGUACAAAGUAAAGAAAAGGUCUUUAGUGGACGAUAAUAGUAGUUUAACAAGUGUUUUUUCUUCGUGUAACGUUCCAAACGGUUGGAAGAAGUAAUAAUUUCCAAGUAUACGUGUUUUUAACGAAAAUUUUGUCUCAUCUCAUUCAUGAAAUACUUGACGAUGCUGUAGACGUGCAAUAAGACAUGUCCGAUCAUGACGAGUGUGCGGAACAGUGCGAUACGGGAGACAGUGCCAAAGUGAUAGACAGGGAAGAGCAGGGAAGCAGUGGGGUGAAAAGUGAUAUCGAGAACAGUGGGGUUAAAGAGAAAAGUGAAGUCGAGGACGGUGGGGUUGAAAAUAAAGUUGAGGAAAAACGUGAAAUUGAAGAGAAAAGCGAAGUUGAGAAAGAGGACAGCGAAGUCGCUGAAGAUGUCGGCACCAUCACGUGGACGUUGGAGGACGGUCAGUUCCGAGUGGCGUGGUCGCUGCCCGAAGGAAAGGCGACCUCGAAGGACUAUGUCGCCCUCUGUUAUAAAGAGCCGAGGAGCAUCGCUAGUAUCGCCAGGCUGGUGCCGGCUACCGGAUGCGACUCCGGCCAUACAAUGUGGCUGCUUGACGAGCCCAAUCAGCCGUAUGAAGACUGCGAGCAGCUCCUCUGUUUUCGCUACUACAAUGGAGACGAGGACGAGUGCGUGGCGGAGACGCCCCCUCUUCCGGCGCGUUUCAAAGUCGACCUUAAGAAGCUGCCGCUUCGGCUCAAAGAGGGUAUCUCGAGAAAGAGAAGCGGAGACCAGGUCUCGCACUUCUCCUACAACAACGAGAGCUUCGAAAUGAACUCCGAGAACUCUCCGCGAGUGGAGCGCGUCAGCACCAGUCAGGACAUAAAGCAUCUCAGUGACAAUGUAAAUAAAUGCUCAAUUAGUGCUUUAGAAGCGGGCGGGACGAAUCUCGAACGGACUCACUGUGAUCCUAGCGAAUCUCUAGUUAAUUUAUCCGAGUCGGGUGUGAAUAGUGAAUCUCAUAUUUUAGAACCUAAGCCGACGUCGUCGGGUGUGAAAAAGAAGUAUCCCCCUCCCGUCGAUACGGGGGGAGGGCAAAUAGCAAACGGUGUGAAGAAGAAAACCAAUCUAAACAUCGGUCUCGACUCCCCCACGUCGCCGGACACGGAGUACUACAAGAUAUGGUCCCCCCAGAAUCCCUGUAAGAUAAUGAAAUUCGUAUACGACGUCGAGGGAGCUAAUGUGCCAAAUGACGCUCAGAAGUCCCCGAUUCCCCCCCUACCUCCGCGGCAGUCGCAUAAACCUUUAGAGAGAAUGCACGCCCUCCCCCCGGCCGUGCAGAGGCACAGGAAACCCAAAAAAUUGACCAAGCCCGAGGACGCGUUUACGUUCGAACUUAUAGACACGGAUGAACAAUUUUUUACUGAUAACAAUAUCGUCAAUUCGGCUAUCUUUCAAAGUGAAGUGAACGAUUUUAAACCUGGCGAAUUUUACUCACGAAAGCAGCCCGUGUCUACAACGGUGAACUUUAUAAAGGGGAGUCAAAACGUGGCGCCCCUCGCGACGCCCGAGACCGACGGCAGCUUGUGUGAAUCUACGCUUUCCUCUAUUAAGAUGUCUAAACUAUUAGAUGAUAAGAAAUUAUGUGAUGUACCUGAAUCUACGCAAAGCGUUAGCACUAGUAAUGUAAUGUUUAUUAAGGAUAUAGGGCCCGAUAAUUAUAUCACGACGACGUUCGCAAGAAAAGACAGGGAUACCGUGGACGGCUUUCGUUCCACCCCGAGCCAUAUGAAGUCAGAGGAGAAGGCUCAGCACACGUUUUUGAACGACAUCAGCAAUCACGCCGAGUUCGAGGACGACAAUAGGAAUCAAAUAGAAGAAAAAGAAAUUACCGUUUUGAAAUCCCAUAAACCGCUGACGAGACAGAACUCUGGCCGCGCGAAUACGCCGACAAUGAUGACGGCGUUUUUAAAUUCGUCUCACAUAGAGGGGCCGAGUCAAGAGAGCGGCAUCGAGAGUCCCGCUGAAGGACCAAGCUCCUGCAACUCCUCGCAUUCCUCCUCUCCGGUGGACGACACUAACAAAACGAUGCCGAGCGUCGGAACGCUUCUCAUGAACCGAAAAUACUCAUGCGAAAGCUCGACGCCCAAACAUUCUAGUUUACCGCGGCAUCUCUUGAAAAACCUGGGGUGCGAGACGCCUAAGCAUUCCCCGCAUAAGGUGAACCACAUGAAAGAUGCUCCGGACAGUCCGGCGCGGCCCCAUCCUAGAGUCUUGACCAGGGUGGCAGCUCUGGCCGGGACCGCAGUACCCCAAUGUCCUCCCACCCCCACGCAUCAUCGGAGGCCGCGGCCGACACCGCCCCCAGACUUACAUCCCCCGCCAAUCCAAUCCCUAGAAAACAGACCACACGAGAAUUUCGAGAUGGUCGAAUUUACCAAUGAAUUAAGAACGUCCGAAAUAAGAUCGCCAAAUUUAGAGUUUAUGAAUAGUAAUCAUUUCACGAUAGUGCACGCGGGGCCCCCUGAUGAUGUGGUGUUGAGGAGGCCGCAGGCUCAUGAUGAUAGUGAUGAUAAUGAUAAUGCAGUUGCCUCUCCGACUCCGCUAAGGCAUAUGGCGGGGAUCAGACUGCCGUCGAUACCUGAGAGAGCGUCCAGGCAAAUGGCGUUAACAGGAGACUUUCCAGCCAAUAUGAUUGGUGGAAUCAUUGAAUGCGAAGAACCUUUACCUCCAGGCUGGGAGGCUCGCAUGGACAGCCACGGGCGCGUGUUCUACAUCGACCACAUAAACCGCACCACGACGUGGCAGCGGCCAGCGGCCAACGGCAGCGCACCGCGGUCGCCCGCGCCUGAGGUGCAGAGACGGCAGUUGGAUAGGAGGUAUCAGUCGAUACGUCGCACGAUGACGCGCACGCAGCUGGGGGAGGAGUCGCCGCCGGGGACGUCGCGCGACGCCCCGCCCCCGCACGCGCCGCACCCCGCCGCGGAGUUCCUCGCCAGGCCGGACUUCUACUCCAUACUGCACAUGAACCAGGAAGCGUCAGCCCUAUACAACGGCAACUCAACCCUCAAGCACAUGAUAUCGAAGAUACGUCGCGACACGUCGUCGUUCGAGCGGUACCAACACAACCGGGACUUGGUCGCGCUAGUCAACAUGUUCAGUGAGAGCGACAGGGAUCUACCGCUGGGAUGGGACUCGAAAUUAGAUAGGAAUGGCAAGCGUUUCUUCGUGGACCACGUGAUGCGACGGACGACAUUUAUCGACCCGCGGCUGCCGCGCGCGCCGCAGGCCGGUCCAUUCUCGCCGCUCCUCCCACCGCGACGCAGACCCGUGCUCGCUGACCAGGCCCCGACGCCGCCCCCUCGUCCGCCCGUGACCGCGGACACGUACACGCAUCAGACGCAGCAGGAGAUACCAGUGGCGUACAAUGAUAAGGUGGUGGCGUUCCUAAGGCAACCGAACAUAAUGUGCAUACUACGCGAGCGGUGCGGCGGCUGCGGCGCGUCGUUGCGCGACAAAGUGGGCGCCGUGCGGGUAGAGGGCGCCCCUGCGUUGGCGCGGCUACAGAACGACCUGCAGUUGACGUGUUUACUGAGCCUAUUCGAGCAGGAGAUCAUGAGCUACGUGCCCGCGACGGGUGGGGCUGCGGUGGCGUCUCCGGCAGCAUCCCCCGCCGCGGCCCGCAGCACCCGGGCUCCCGCCCCCCAGAGACGAGACUUCGAGGCGAAGCUCCGAGCAUUCUACCGGAAGCUCGAGAGCAAGGGCUAUGGACAGGGGCCGGGGAAGUUAAAAUUACACAUCCGUCGCGAGCAUCUUCUAGAAGACGCCUUCAGAAGAAUCAUGUCGUGCAGCAAGAAGGAACUACAGAAGGGGAAACUCUGUGUGCUCUGGGAUGGAGAAGAAGGUCUGGAUUACGGAGGUCCAAGCAGAGAAUUCUUCUUCCUUCUCUCCCGGGAACUAUUCAAUCCCUACUACGGGCUGUUCGAGUACUCAGCCAACGACACGUAUACCGUCCACGUGUCGCCUAUGUCCGCGUUUGUGGACAACCAUCAUGAGUGGUUCCGAUUCUCGGGUCGCGUGCUCGGCCUGGCCCUCGUGCACGGGUACCUGCUCGAGGCGUGGUUCACGCGGGCGCUGUACCGGGCGCUGCUGCGGCUGCCCCCCGCGUUGGAGGACGUGGACGCGUUGGACGCGCAGUUCGCGGCAUCGCUGCGGUGGUUGCAGUCGGCGCGCUGCGUGUCCUCCCUGGAGCUGACGUUCGCUGUAUCGGAGCGUCUCGCCGACGGGCGGGUGCUGGAGCGGGAGCUUCGCCCCGGCGGCCGCGACACGCCGGUCACGGAGCGCAACAAGAAGGAGUAUCUGGAGCGGCUGGUGCGGUGGCGCGUAGAGCGAGGCGUCGCGGACCAGACGGAGUGGCUCGUGCGAGGGUUCCAUGAGGUGGUAGACCCGCGACUAGUGGGCGCGUUCGACGCGCGCGAGCUCGAGCUCGUCAUAGCCGGGGCUCCCGAGCUGGACGUGGGCGACUGGCGCGCCAACACCGAGUACCGCGGCGGGUACCACGACAACCAUCCCGUCGUGCACUGGUUCUGGCAGGCUAUCGACAGGUUUACGAACGAGCAGCGCCUCCGCCUCGUUCAGUUUGUGACCGGAACAUCCUCCAUCCCCUACGAAGGUUUCUCUGCUCUCCGGGGCUCAACCGGGCCCAGACGGUUCUGCAUCGAGCGGUGGGGCCGAGUGGAGUCCCUGCCCCGAGCCCACACCUGCUUCAACAGACUGGACCUCCCUCCCUACCCCACACCGCAGCUGCUCUACGAGAAGCUGCUACUAGCGGUCGAGGAAACCAACACCUUCGGAAUAGAGUGAACUAGAUCUGAUAGAGCUUUAAAUGGGCCCGUUCGAACAUCAGAAGAGAAGCUACGUUAUUGUUUAGUUAUGCAGCUAUUUAUUAUUACAAUUAUUAUCCUUUUGUAAAUAUAGAAAUAAAAUAAUUGUAAAAGAAUUAUCAAAGAUAAUGUUAUACCUAUACUAUGUUAGUUGUAGUGAGUAGGUGUGCCAGACGACUCGAUCAAAGCUAGCCACUUCGUCGUGAGAGUUUGUACUUUAUUAACGCUUUUAUUGUAAGAACUAUAUAUUGUGGCUGUGAAAUGGGACUCAAGGCCCAUGUUUAGUUUUAUGCUUUACGUCACUAAUUUAUAAUUUCAUUGACCUUUGACAGAGCGACUGUCGGUAUCGGCGGCUCCCGGUUCGUCUAGUAUUAUUGUACAGUCGUGUUCACUAUAUUGAAACGCUAAGGAAAUAUAAAUUCUUUUAUUGGCUAAAACAGAGAAGCUAUAUCUAUUAGAACAGCAACUACCUAGUCAGCUAACAUUCUCGUAACGGACAACAUGAAUUGUAUUAUUAUUAUUGCUUAUGCUCCCUGUAGUGCAACCUCUAUUUAUGUAAUGUAAUUAUUGACAAAAGUAA